AUGGCCGCUUCUCCCGCGGCACCGCAACCAGCUCCGGAAGCUCCAGCAACGCUGCACCGCCGGGCUGGGUUUGCCGCGAGCUGCCGGGAAUACUGGCUCAACAGCAAGCACACGGCCACGCUGCAGGCUCGCUGUAGGCAGCUCGACGGAAAGGAUAGACUGUCGACGCUUUUCCUCAACGACUGCCUUCAAAACAAUGACGGCCGACUCUGGGGUAACAGGCAGGGAAAAUAUUCGGUGACGUGCGACACCCGCACUUGCGUGCUUCACGGCACCCGCAUCGAGUGCAAGUGCAGGAAGGGUGGCGGCGUCUGGGUGGCGACUUCGACGGAUCUCAGUGAGUUUGUCGCGGGCUGCGCAUCAUGA